AUGUCGGUGACUUCGGCCACGUCCGGAGCCCUGUUGUUCUCGGGAACCACCUUGCUGGUUUCUUUGUUUGCCGCUGCCUCGAUUUAUUCUCAAGUAACGUCGAUCUGGAACGAACUCGACAGCGAGAUCAACAACUUUAAAGUGAGAAUUUCAUAAAGUAAAAAUAAAACCAAGUCAUCUUUCAGUCUUUGACCGACGACAUCUGGUCUGACAUGGUAAAUCUUGGGGCCGGAACUCCUUCGAACCGUCUUCGCCGUCAGUCUUACGGAGGAUAUGGAGCCAGUGGCAACCAGCCACAGCAUCCGGAGAAUCCAAGCUGGCCUCACGGCGACAAAGGUCCAAACGUCAAUCCCAACUUCCCAAGCGGUGGCCCGACUCCUGGCGGAGGCAGCGGAGGUCGUUGUCAGGUGGGAAGUUCAUCUUAUAGAAGCUAUUCUUAAACACAAAUCCUCAAAAAAGGGUUGGAACCGAAAAUAUUGUAUAUUGAGACAUCGCAUUCCCACAUCAAGUCUAUAUUCAAAAAAAUUUUAACUAGCACUAUAUUUCUGAGAAAAUAAUCAGAAGCUUUAUUUCAGUGCUCAACGGAGAACAGCUGUCCAGCCGGGCCAGCAGGAGCAGAAGGAGAAGCUGGACCAGACGGUGAGGACGGUCUCGACGGAGUUCCAGCUCCCGAUGGAGAAGACGCUCAAGAUAUCGAGAACGCGCCAAGCCAAGGCUGCUUCACCUGCCCACAAGGCCUUCCAGGACCUCAAGGACCAAGUGGAGCGCCAGGAAUGCGUGGAAUGCGAGGAGCUCGAGGACAGUCUGGUCACUCCGGCCGCGACGGUCAGCCAGGAAUGCCUGGAGAGAUGGGACCACCAGGAGCGCCGGGAGACGACGGAAAGUCUGGAAAGCCAGGAGACAAGGGAGACGACGGCGAACGACCAGUCGGACGUCCAGGACCUCGUGGAGCUCCAGGAGAGCAAGGCCCAGAAGGACCUCAAGGAGCUCCAGGUCGUGACGCCUACGCUGGUCCAGCUGGUCCAGCCGGAGAGCCCGGAUCGCAAGGAUACCAAGGAUCUGCUGGUCCAGAUGGGUUCGUUUUCAAUUCAAUUUUUUUUUUAAUUUGUAGCAUAAUCCUUGACUUCGAGGAAAUAUCUAACUAGAUUAUUUUCAGUGAGGAAGGCCCAGAAGGACCUGCCGGAGCGAUCGGAAAAGACGCUGAAUACUGCAAAUGCCCGAAUCGCGAUGAGGCCGUCAGCAGCUCAAACUACCGCCGCAAGCACAAACGCUUUUAA